AUGACGAAGAUCUUUGCUCUCGGCGCAACGGGCUACAUCGGCGGUGACGCCCUGCAUGCAAUUUCUAAAGCUCAUCCAGAGUACGAAUGGACAUGCUUGGUCCGCAAUUCCGACAAGGGUGCAUUGGUCGCGAAGCAGUACCCGAAAGUUAGGCUUGUCUAUGGAGACCUCGACAGCUCCGAGCUAAUCGCAGAAGAAGCUACGAAGGCGGACAUUGUGUGCAACUGGGCAAACUGCGACCACGGCGGCGCCGCCAACGCCAUCGUUUCCGGACUCUCGCAGCGUAGCUCCCAAGGGCUUCCUAGCUACUAUGUGCACACCUCGGGCACCGCCAUCCUCAUGAUCCAAGACCAACAGCUGCAAGUCUCGGGCCAGCCCAGCACCAAGAUCUAUGACGACAUCGCCUCCAUCGGCGAGCUCACCAGCCUGCCGGACCCGGCCUGGCACCGCGACGUCGACAAGAUCGUGCUCGCCGCGGCGAACGCGCCGGCGCACCCGCUCAAGACGGCCAUCGUCUGCCCGCCCUGCAUCUACGGCGUCGGCCGCGGGCCCGGCAACACGCGCAGCGUGCAGAUCCCCGAGCUGACGCGGCACACGCUGUCGCGCGGCAAGGGAUUCACCAUUGGCGAGGGCCAGGCGCGGUGGUGCUCGGUGCACGUGCAGGACCUGUCGGCCGUCUUCCUUGCCCUCGUCGCCGAUGCCGCUGCGGCCGUCGAGGCGGCGUCUUCGUCGACAACAACGACAACGACCAAGGCGACCUGGGGCCCGCAGGGCUACUACUUCGCCGAGAACGGCGAGUUCGAGUGGGGUGCCAUUGCGGCCCUGAUCGCGGCCGAGUGCGCGAAGAAGGGGCUCGUCAAGAGCGCUGAGAUCGACCACCUUACCCUGGACGACGUGGAGAAGAUGGUCGGCAACUACCUCAUGGGCCCGCAUUGGGGCCAGAACAGUAGGUGCAGGGCUAACAGGGCGAGGCGGGAGUUGGGCUGGCGGCCGGUGAUGUUGCCACUAGAGGAAGACAUUGCUAGGAAUGUCGAUGUUGAGGCGGCGGCGCUGGGGUUGAAGAAAAGUCACGCAGAAGUAGCAGCUGGGGAUGCUUGA